AUGUCAACCACAGGGGACUGGUCCCCCGAGAACCCCAUUCUGGCCUACCUGCAGACGUUAGCGGCUACCAAAAAGACACUUCCUUAUGGGCAGCCCGUGGUCGCCCAUGUCUCCGUCAAUCACAUUGGCUCGGCUUCACUCCUGCGGCUGGCCGCAGAUAUCGGCCCGUACAUCGCCAUACUACAGAUUCCAGCGGAUGUCAUCGACGACUGGUCCAGCGAUACCAUCGAACAACUCCAAUAUUUGUCCAGAAAACAUAAAUUUCUACUGUGGGAAGGAAGCAAGAUUUUGAACCCUCUAGUAAAUUUCAUGGGCAGAGCGGAUGCGCCAUUGGAGACAAGGCAGGUCUUGACAGACAUGAUCAAGAAGUCAUACACCAGUGGUCCAUUGAGGACGGCGACUUGGUCCAAUCUGGCCACCUCCUGGGCCCCUGCAGCUCCAAUCGACCAACAAGAAAACGAUACAUUGAUCCCAACCUUGAGAUUGGCGGCACGUGAGGCAGUUGCGACAACCUCAAAGAUAAUCCAAACCGAGAUCUCUGUCGAGAUGAAUAACUACUCGUCGGGCGAGGAAUUGGAAAUCAUUACCCCCUCCACACAAACAAGCAAUGGUUGGAAAGAAUUCAGUCAGAAUAAUACGGGAUCAGUAUUACGGAAAUUGUCAACCAUCUCCGUCACUACUGAGUCCGUGACCCCGCACGCACCCAUCCACGCAGAUGACGGUGUCCCAAUGCCCCCGCUACUGGCUCGCAGUAUUGUACUCUGUCUACCCAUCAUCAUUGAAACCGCGUUUGUCCCCGAGUUCCGCCAAAGUACGAUAGUCGCUGCAUGUGCCAACUCCGACUUUGUCAUCGGAUUCAUAACGAGCGAGCCCUUCUUUGUGAAUCACCGAGGAAAUGAUAUUUUUGAAUUGGCAUUAUUCGAUGCCAACGGGAAUCCUCAGCCAGGAGUCAGCGCUGCCAAACUCGAUACCACACCUUACCUCCACGAACAGCGAAAAUCACUCGGUGUAUUCUCUCUUGUAUCACCUAUUCUUGGCCUUGACUUUGAGUUCGAUCCUACCGUCAAGCCUGAUCGAAGUGCCCCAUCUGACUCUAACUCCGAAACUCCAUACACUGCGCAAUAUCUAUACCAUAUGAUCCGGCAAGCGCUCGCGCUUCGGGAAAAGAAUCGACAAGAGCGUGAAGCCACCGGUUCUAGGAAGGAACCACCGGUGGGCCCCAAAAUCAUGCACAUCCCAGUGGUUAUUGUGUCAUAA